AUGAACAAAGUAGUAUUGAUCACUGGAUGUUCAUCCGGAAUUGGACAUGCAACUGCAAUUGAGUUCGCAUUGAAAGGUUAUAAAGUUAUUGCUGGUGCAAGAAGAUUAGAACGCAUGAAAGAUUUAGAACACUACGGAGUGAAAAUUAUUAGUUUAGAUGUUACUAGCCAACUGGAUGUCGAAGAAUUGAAGAAAUUAAUUGAGAACGAAUACUAUGGUAGAUUAGACAUCUUAUACAAUAAUGCAGGUCAAGGUUGUGCUGAACCAGGCAUUGAAGCUUCGGAUGAACUGGUCAGACAGUGUAUGAAGCUAAUGUCUUUGGGCCUAUAA